UUCACCUCCAGAGUGGUAACCAGAAUUAGCUUCCUCCUGCAGUGUUGUACAACUGUCCUCGAGAAAUAUCCCACUCCCAAGGGCAUUAGUUUUGCUACAUAAAUUCCUCUUAUAUUUUCUCCGACUUCGUACAACACUCGCACGCUCAGGCUCAGCCACCCUCUGUUGUUUGCAUCUAUCUUUUGACACUUGUUCUGUUCUCUUCCUUUUGUUAUAAAAAAAAUGAGUUUGGAGGAUUACGAAACAAACCCUGUAUCAGUUGGGCCGUGGGGAGGCAAAGAAGGAUUACAUUGGAAUGAUGGAGUGCACUCAACCAUUCGGCAGUUGGCAAUUGCUCAUGGUGCAGGUAUCAACUCCAUCAUGAUUGAAUAUGACAACGAAGGCAGCUCUGAGUGGUCAGAGAAGCAUGGGGGAAGUGGAGGCUACAAAAAUGAUACGGUCGUGCUUGAUUACCCAGAGGAGUUCUUAACCUCAAUCCAUGGAUACUAUGGUAACACGAUUGAUUGGGAGUCAGUCUUUGUCCGAUCACUGACGUUUGAAAGUAAUAGAAGAACAUAUGGACCGUUUGGCAUUGACCAAGGAACACAUUUCUCCCUCCCUGUGAAGGGGGGCAAGAUCGUCGGGUUCCAUGGCAGGUCUGGUUGGAACCUUGCUGCCCUUGGAGUUUAUUUAAAGCCUCAUCAUCAUCCAAAUCCAUCCAAAGCUCUCAUUCAUGCCCAAAAUUGUGUUGCUAAUGGAAGGACUCAGAAACUUGGCUACUCGGUGGUACAAGGAAGCCUUGGCACGGCCUAUGAUAUAGUUGUUGCCAUAAGGCAGAAGGAUGAUCACGGCAGCAAUAUUAAUCGUCCACUGGUCAACAUCUCGAGGCAGACUUCACAAGAGUUCAGUUAUGCGCAACCGAAGGAAAAGACAGUUUCCUUUCCUUCCGUUGAGAGAAUGGUCUCAGAAAUUGAUGGACCAAUAACAUAUGGACCAUUUGGGGGUAACGGUGGGACUAUUUUCGAUGAUGGAAUCCACACAGGUGUUAGGCAAAUAAAUAUAUCGCGAAAUGUGGGGAUUGUCUCGUUGAGAGUUUUGUAUGACCAGGACGGCCAAGAUGCAUGGGGAAGCAAAAAUGGAGGGACAGGAGGGUUCAAAGUAGAUAAGAUAAUCCUUGAUUUCCCAUAUGAAGUAUUGACGCACAUAUCAGGCUUGUAUGGUCCUACAAUGCGCAUGGGACCAACCAUAAUUAAGUCACUCACCUUCCACACCACGAAAGCCAAGUAUGGGCCAUAUGGUGAAGCUCAUGGAACUUCUUUUUCAACCGACAUAAGCCGAGGGAAGGUUGUUGGAUUCCAUGGGAGGAAAGGGUUGUUCCUAGAUGCCAUUGGUGUUCAUGUUAUAGAAGGGGAAGUACUUCCGCCGACUCGUUCCCUCUCCAACUCAUCAUCUUCUCCAAUUGCUGAAGCGACCCUUACCGAAGAAAAGAAUCAACAGUGGUACAAUAAAUUAUUAGCAGCAAAGCAGGGUCCAAUCGAAGAGGUUAGUCCAAAGGUGAUCAAAGAACCAGCUCUAUGUGGCCCGGGCCCCUGGGGUGGGGAUGGCGGGAAGCCAUGGGACGAUGGAGUGUUUUCUGGCGUAAGACAGAUCCUUUUGACAAAAGGAGAGGCCAUUUGUUCUAUACAGAUCGAGUACGAUCGAAACGGGCAAUCUGUUUGGUCUGUAAUACAUGGUGGCAGUGGCGGAACCUCCCGAAAUCAGAUAAAAUUGGAAUGCCCGAAUGAAGUGCUCAUUUGCAUCUGUGGCUAUUAUGGUCCCCUCCGUGGAGACGGGCGCAUGAGUGUCGUAAAGUCGCUGACACUAUAUACUAGUCGAGGGAAGUAUGGUCCAUUUGGCGAGGAGAUGGGAACCUUCUUCACUUCGACGAGGACGGAGGGGAAGGUGGUGGGUUUCCAUGGGAGGAGCAGCUUGUACUUGGAUGCCAUUGGAGUCCACAUGCAACACUGGUUGGGAAGCAACAGAUCUGUGGCUGCAAAGCCAUAUUCUCGCCUUGUCAAAAUGUUCAAUUGAUCUUUGUGAGAAUGCAAUUUAAUCCUUACAAUGUAUUACACUUUAGAAGAAAAAGUUACAAUAAGACUCAAACUAUAGAAUUUGAAUGAUCACUUAAUCAACAUACUCGGUUACUACA